AGCUGGCCAACAUCUGGCAUUCAAGUAUGACAGAUUAAAAAUAAUAUUGUAUAAAAUCCUGGUAGACGUUGCGCAUAAAAUAUAUAGAAGAAAUUUCAAUCAAAAUUUUGUUUUAAGCCAAGUAUUUACGUAUGUGCUCCAAUUCAGUUGCAUUUGACAGUGAAAACGAUCUCAGUGAAAAAGAACUUAAAAGAAUUAUGAUGGAGGAAUUAACAGAUGAACUUCGGAACCUUUUUCCCCAAGAGAAAAUUUCAGGAUCGCUGGUAACAACUUUAUAUUCAACUGCGAAAUUCAAUCACGCUAAACUAUUGGUCGCCACCAUGAAUGAAAUUCAAAAUGAGGAUUUAAAAUCGCAUUUGAUUAAUAUGAAAUUCGAUGAAAUUGAUGGGCAAUCCAUUACACCCCUUACAUUGGCGGCUACAGCUGGUAACUUAAUAUAUGUUAAAACACUACUUGGACAAUAUAAUGUGGAUAUGGAAUGUGAAUGCAAUGUCAUAUUUGAUGGUCUGGUUGUGUAUGGAGCCACUGCAUUGUGGGUUGCAUCCGGAUUAGGACAUUUGCAGGUCGUCAAAUUGCUGGUGCAACAUGGAGCAAAUGUUAACCAUAAUACAAAGGCCCAAUCGUCACCACUAAGAGCGGCUUGCUAUGCAGGACGAUUGGACAUAGUAAAAUAUCUUAUAGAACAUGGAGCAGAUGUGAACAUAGGAAAUAAAUACAAUAACACUUGUAUUAUGAUUGCAGCUUACAAAGGACAUACACAAGUAGUUGACACUCUCUUGAAGAACGGAGCAAAUCCCAACGAUCAAGCCUUGUGUGGCGCAACCGCAUUGCACUAUGCUGCCGAAUGUGGUCAUUAUGAUGUAUGCCGCCUAUUACUGGAUCAUGGAGCGAGACUGCAAGAUAAUGAGUUCGGUCUGAAUCCAGUACUUAAUGCAGCCGAGCGAACUCAAGAGGACGUUGUAAAACUAUUUAUCGAGAGGCCCGGGUUAAUGGAAAAAGAGGAUAUCAUUAUUUCUCUGGAAUUAAUGGGCGCUUCAUUUGCAAACGACAAGGACAAUUAUAAUAUUGACAAAGCGUACACAUAUUUGCUUCGUGCAAUGGAAAUGCGUUAUUCAGAUGAAGAGAACAUUUUAAGGAAACGAGUUAUGCCCCCAAUUGUGGCGUACGAUGAUUGGUUUGAGACAGAAAAUAUUCCUGAAUUACGAGCAAUACGUCAAAAUCAUCAUUCGAUACAUAUGGAAUCUCUUACAAUACGGGAACGUAUUCUUGGAAAAAACAAUCCUGACUUGCCUCAACCAAUUGUUUAUAGAGGUGCAGUCAUGGCAGAUCAGGGGCGUUUUUCGCAAUGUCAAAUAUUAUGGAACUAUGCAAUGGACCUUAGGAUAAUGAAUAAUAUAUCAGUUGAUCGCGACCUCCUGCGUUUCGCACAACUUUUUUCUCAAAUUCUUCGUAUGGAGAAUGUGCGUUUAGAUUUGUCAGAGGUUCUAUCUAUUUUAGUCAAAUGUCAACAGGAAAUAGAACGAAAUAAAUACAGGAUUUUACAUCCCGGCCCUAAGGAUGUUCCGCAAAUGAUAUCAGAUCACAAUGAACAGAACAUUGCAACCGCAUUAUAUUUGAUAAAAAUUAUAACGAAGCUUGUGGCUCAACAGCCUUUAACAGGGGAACAAAAAAACACUCUUUACUGCACCAUAAAGAAACUCAUAAAAUGUGAUAUAAGACUGGGCGAUGGCCAAACACUCCUACAUAUGGCUGUGAACGCUGUGACUCCCGUUGAUGACUUUUAUACAAAUGAUAUAUGCAAGUUUCCAUGCUAUCGUACUGCCCUUCUAUUGGUUCAUGCCGGUGCUUCUGCUUGUGAAGUAGAUAAUAUGCGUAACACUCCUCUACAUACGCUGGUCUCAAGUUUUCCCAGAGAAAAUCUUCAGCUACUACCACAGGCCGAACAAAUAACGGAACUUCUUGUGUUUGCAGGAGCACACUUAGAUGCUGUUAACGCUCAUGGAUUAACGGCUGCAAAGAUGGCUAAUGUCGCUGCUCUGAAAACAAUUAUUCUCAACCAUGAAAAUUCAUCAAUAUCAUUAAUGUGUAUUGCGUCUCGUUGCGUUGCAAUCAACAGGAUCAAAUAUCAAGGCAUAGUCCCAAAUACAUUGGAAUCAUAUAUACAAAUGCAUAGUACAGAAAAGCAAUACUCAUAAUGGGGCCACAUUGCUAUAAAAAGCAAAAAGCAUUGUGACCGCAGUACAAUGUUCAUGUCUAAAAUUUCUUUAAAGUUUUUUUUAUAAAUUGUACCUAUUUCACAAUUUUCAAGUA